CCCCAUUGUCCGUGUGCUCGGUUCAUCUGCCGGUGCCUGGCUGUUGGUGCUAGUCUGCGUGGCCCGCUGACGGUACUUGAGAGCAGCCAUCCCCCUCCUGGCAGCGAUCUGCGUCCCUAUGGAUUAUUUCUCGGUUUGACUUUUACGAAGAUCUCGAUAAUUACGCAAGUGCGCCGAAGGUUUUUCCUCGUCUAAGUUUUCCCUCUCUCCUUCCAACGCCUCGCGAGACCUACGGCUGCAGCCGUCACCAUCAACAUGUCGGCGUUCCUUACGGAGAUGUGGGCGUGGUACGCCCUGACCAUCAUCGCGGUCGUGGCGAGGAUAGUAUCGCGGCGGAUGUUGUACGGCUCCUUCAAGCGCAUGCUGUCGGACGACUACCUAAUGGUCUUCGCCAUGUUCUGUUUCACGGGCAUGCUCAUCGUGAUCCACAUUCUAACCUACACACCGACAAACCUCAUCAACCCGGCCGACGGCAUCGUUCUUCCCCCCGCCGACAUUGAGCUGCGUAUCUACGGCUCGAAGCUGGUCCUCGUUGUCGAGGAGGCACAGAUGUUCACCAUCUGGUCGAUCAAGGGUUGCUUCCUGCUCAUGUACAGCAGACUCACGUAUGUGCACUCACAUGAGUCCCUUGCAGAGCAUUGUCCAGAGAUUUUGAACUGCGCCGCCGAGACCAAUCACAUGAUUACCAACGCCGUGUUCAACAUCUCCUCGGACAUCAUGAUCAUCAUCUUCCCGAUGCCGCUGUUCGUGCAGUCCCAGCUGGCCUUGAAGCGGAAACUCGUGCUCUGCGGCGUCUUUGCGCUGGGAGCAUUCACGAUCCUCGCAGCCGCGCUCAGCAAAUACUACUCUCUCGGCCAGCCGUACGGCGGUGACUGGAUCUACUGGUACAUCCGGGAAGUUUCGACAGCCAUCAUCGCGGCUAAUCUUCCCAUGACGUGGACUCUGCUCCAGCGGCUCUUCCGCAUCGGCUCCUUCAACGGCAUCUACGGCAAGUCCAGCGCUCCACGCACGGGCGGGACGGGCAUCAGCGGCGGUGGGCCUGGCGGGACGAACCGCGGCGCCGCGGGUGGGAGCCGGUUCCGCUCCGCGUACGGCAACCUCAGCAGCCAGGGCGGCAGGGACCACUACGAGGACGAGCGGACGCUGAAGAAGAAGUCGUCCACCGUGCACGAGCUGGACGACAUCAGCCCCGCCGCCAGCUUGGAGCAGGUCAACAGCACUGCUAGUGGUGGUGCCGCCGGCGGACUGCAGCGCAUGCCGCUCGAGAUCUACCAGCAGAAGGACAUCCAGGUCGUCGUGAGCGAGGCGGUGGUGGAGGCACAUCGCACGCCGCCCGGGCUGAAGCACGGCAGGGGUACAAGCCGGGGCGGGAAUGCGGCUCUUGGCGAAGGGGAUGCUGGUCCGGGCACGACGCCGCAGCAGAAGAGGAACGGGGCGGGGCAGUACGGCGUUCCGUACGCCGCUAGCAUCUCGUCGCUUGAAAGCCUCAACGAGCCCACAACGGCCGGGGUGGGGGACAUGGGCGUCGUGACGCGGGUGUAUCAUGGCGUAUAAGUCCAGAGCGAUGGCUCCUGAGGCUUGAGUCGGCGUUUUGGCAGGGAUAUUAAUGCAGCAUGAAAGGACACUUUUUUUCUGGUAGACAAUUGCAGAAUAGGCACAUAUCGUCACCACACGGGACCACUAUGUCACCUCACAGGUAUUACAUGAAUUAUCGCUUUGUAGCUCACACGUCUGCUGCCA